AUGCCCACUUACGCCCACCCUCCGGUGGAAGUGCGGUGUGGGCCGCACAGCAUGGUGGUGACCGUCCAGAGGGACCUCUUUGGGGUGGGGAAGCUGGUGGACCCCACGGAGCUGGCCUUGGGGCCUGCUGCCUGCCCCCCUUUCAGUCUGGAGGCCGGUGCGGUGGUCUUUGAGACGGGUCUCCAUGAGUGCGGAAGCAGGGUGCAGAUGACCCCCGAUUUCCUGAUCUACCAGACCCAACUCUUCUACAAGCCUUCGCUGGCCAACCACCCGGUCAUUGCCCGAAGUCGGGGUGCCACCAUCGGGCUGGAAUGCCGCUAUCCCAGGAGAAACAACGUGAGCAGGAAAGCCCUGCAGCCCACCUGGCUCCCCUUGGAGUCCACGGCCUUGAGGGAAGCCAAGUUGGGGUUCUCCUUGAGGCUGAUGAACGAUGACUGGACGGCCGAAAGAGCCUCUGACCACUUCCUGCUGGGGGAGCCCUUGCGCCUUCAGGCCGACGUCCAAGCGGAGAACCACCCUGCCCUGAGGCUCUGGGUGGAGAGCUGCAGAGCCGGCAUGAGCCCCAUGCCCACCUCCGGGCCCCAGUAUGAGAUUAUGGGCGCCAAGGGAUGCCUGUUUGAUGGGCGGGAAGAAGGGGUCUCGUCCGCCUUCCUUGCCCCACGGCUGCGCCAGGAGACUCUGAGAUUCACCGUGGAUGCCUUCCGAUUCGCUGGAGAGGCCCAGAAACUGAUUUACAUAACCUGCCGCCUGAAAGUCACCCCAGGAGACCAGCCGCCAGAUGUUUUGAACAAAGCUUGUUCCUUCGAUGCAGCCAACCAUUCGUGGGUCCCUGUGGAAGGACCGGGCGCCAUCUGCGGCUGUUGCGAGACCCGGAGCUGCGGUGGGGCAAUGGAGGGGCAGGACCCCCAAGGCUCUGACGAUGAAGAGAUGAGUUGGCAACGGAGCUUGACGGUGGAGACGGCCACUCCUGAGGUCGCUCUGGCCCUGGGACCCCUGUUCGUCUUGGACCCUCAGCAAGGGAGCACCGGUCAGUUUCCAGGAGAAGCUGUCAAAGAGGAGAUAGUGAUGGAAGAAUUGAUACCAGCUGUGCCAAAGGUAACCCACCCGCCCUUCAGAGAGCCGGUGCGGUCUUCCAGCGUCUUGGUGGAUCGGAAGGAUCAUUUGGGACUCUCCCUGGAAGCUUUUGUCCAGCAAGGCCCCCUCUUCUUCACUGGGGCAGAAGAAGGCUCAGGUUUCGGAGACCCGACGGACACAGUCGCAGGCAGCGUGCCUCGUGAGCAGCAGCUGGCCUCCCUGCCCCAGCGAGCGAGUGCUCGGGCAUCGACGUUGGCACCAGCUCGCCCAUCAAAGCCCCGAUUUGCUGCCACAGAGAGAUCAGCGCUGGCCAUCAAGGUAGAGGGUCUGCCCAGCCCCCUGGAAGAUGCGGCUGCCUUCACCGCUGCAAAGCUCCCCAAAGGAGCGGUAAACAUGGCAGCAAAAGACGGGAAGCAACCCUUGGGACAAGUGCCCGGCUGGCUUCUGCUGCUGCUGCCGAUGGGUGCCGCGGUGGUGGCCCUUCUCUCCCUCGCGGUCUGGCUCCUGGUCCGAAGACGCCGACGACUCCCCCGGGCCUCCCCCGUCAGCCUGGAACUGCAAUGCAAAUAAAACGGAGAUUUGGUCUUCU